AUGGAGAAAAUCAAAAACUCGAAGGUGGUUGCAAUUAUGAGCAUUGACAUCGGGGACGGAAGGAUAGGGAAAAUAGCUUUACGUCAAAAUGACGAUGUUGAGAAGCUGGCAAUCGAUUUUUGCGAAACUUACCAAUUGUCCAAAACCAAAGUUGCACAGAAACUCGCUGAGCACAUUGAAAAGACUCUUGCAAACAGUUUUGGUGUGAGAAACAUGAAUGUAAUGGACAAGAUAAACCAAUCGUUUGAGCGAGAAAUUCCAGCAACAUUGAAAGGCACAUCUUCCACGCCUGAAAGUUAUCAUCCACUAGAACCAAUAGAAUAUUCCACCGAAGAUUAUGACUCCAUGCCUCGCAUGCACUGUGAUAGGGAAGUCCUCAGCGAAGAUGGUUCCUUCUUUCAUUGGGAAAGUCAAUCGACCAAGCAGAAAAACAAUUUAUCUGUUCUCAAAGAUCUGGAGUUGAUGAAUCAAACCGCUUACAAGAAAGAAUUGAUGUCAAUCGAAAAUAGAGGGAAGAUCGGAUACAGCGUUCUUAGUCCUUCGGAAUACCUUCGGGUUGGGAAUAGGUUGUAUGAUAAUGGCAUGAAGCUGAUAGAGAAGAAGAGAGAACUUUGCGAAAGUGCAAGGAAUCGAUGGUUGCAAUCUCGCCAAUCAAGAAAAUGGUCUGGACCUGAAUCUCUUGAGUUCCAACAUCUGUACACAUCUCGCCCAAGAUCAGCACCAAGAGAAAGAGCAUCAAGAUCCGACAGAGAGGAAGAUGUCAAGGUUGCUGUCAGAUAUUUCUCUGCCGUUCAUAACUCAGUUUUGCUUUCCGCCAACAGACAAGCGCUAACCGUUCAGCUUCGAAUCACAGUGAAGAAUGUACAUGAAAGGCUGUACCAGGAAGUCAAGCGAAGAAUGACAAGUUUGGAGCAGUCCAUCCAAUUAAAGCAGAAACAACAAGCGGAGCAAGAGAAGGAAUUCAAGCAGAAGAGCUCCAAAUGCAAGUCCAACCCUUCGAACAGUGCGCAUUCACUCUCCUCGUUCCCUGACAACAGCUCGAUUUUCAACCGAUUAUAUGAAGAAGCAGAAACAUUGCGACGAAAGAGGGAGAGCGAGAUUUCUCGACAUGAUGAAGAUAAGCUGAAAAAGGUGCUCGAACGAGAGAGUCAAUUUGUCAAAGGACUGCAGUUAGACCCGUUUCAACCAGACAUCGGGUUGAAGGCUAGACAACUCAAGAGAGACAACUGGGAUCGACGCCUAGAAAAUUUGAUGAAAUCCAAGAAAGUGGAGGAAGAACAAAAUCAAAUCAAACAUCUGACUCAAGAACUGAAAGAGUGCACCUUCAAGCCAAAAAUAAGCGACUGCAAGCGCAUGUUGAGUGCAAGGACCCAUGAAGGCAACGUGCAUGAGCAUCUUUAUGAAGAAGCUUUUAGCAAGAAGCCAAGCCAGUCUUAUGUCUGGGAGAGUGUGUCUAGCUUGAAGACUCCGACAAAAAAGCUUUCCCGGGAACAAGAACAGGCCAUGGUAUCAAGGCUGCAAUCGCCUUAUCAGCUUGACUUGAAACUGCUGUCAAGAGAUGAGAGUAUCACGAGUGACCCGAAAGGGUUGAGUGCGACAAUCUCGAAGCUCUUGUGGUCUCCAGAUUACUCGUCAGGACAGACUAGAAUCAAGGGGGAAGGGAGUCAAGAAAAGAAGAUAUCGAUCUGGGAGGCGCAAAGAAUAGGAGAGAAGCAAUUUUCUGUUUACAAGGAAUCUGAGCGAAGAAAGGCUUACAUGAUGGCAGAGAGAGACAGACAGAUGGACGAGACCAGAAACGCCCCGAAAUCCUGUAAAGGCUCCAAGAAGAUCAUAGAAAAUGCUAAGGAACAACAUCUUCGAUACAUCUUUGCAGCGCUCGACAGAGAUGGAGAUGGGUUGGUCACGCCUCCAACUUUGCCAGUACAAGUUCGAAGUCAAGCUAAACUGCUCGGACAUGAAGAAACAGCAUCUGUCAUAAUGCCUGUCUUGAUGAAAUGCGCUGAGUUCUCGCCUCGGCCGUUAACAUUCGAUCAGUUCAAGCAAGCAUGUUUGGCGGAGUUUAAGACGCCUCUUAGCAAUGGCUUCUCACCUUGGCAUGUCAUCUUUGGUAUCACGUCCUUGAAGAAAGGCAACCGGAAAUUGGGAGUUCCUCUUGAAAACGCUGGAGACGAUUCUUGCUCGGAGAACAGUGAGAAUCAUUCGGCGUUCUCAGAAGCCAUGUCCUUGAACACGUUCAUCGAUGAGAGGGUGAGCGUGACUUCGCAAGAUCAGAACGAAAGCCAGGACAAGGUUGUGAAAGAAUUCAAGGAGGGACCCAAUGACUUCUACGAGAAAAGUAUCCAAAGGCAGAAAAUUCGAGAUGCAGUCUUAGCUGAGCUGAGAGAGAUGAAGGAAAGGGAGGAUUUGAAGGAGUGCACAUUCAAGCCGAACAUUAGAUCUGGCUAG